UGCUCCCUUUUAAAACAACCCCGAGGUCCGAUUCUUUUCCUACCUCAGACGCUCCGGGUUUGACUUCGGACCCGCGCGUCAUGUAGACCCUCGCGCUCCCUGCCGAUGCGUGUUGUGGAUAUUUUUAAAGCGGAUAAGUUGCGGGGAGCGCGUGAGGUUGAACUGGUGGAGGUGGGGGGAUCCGGUGAACCGCCGGGGCGGACAGACCACCAUGCUCCGGCCGUGGGCUACGCACUGGGUCAUGUUCGUGCUGGUGUGCCGGGCUGUGGCACAGUAUUCUAGUGACCUGUGCAGCUGGAGAGGAAGCGGUUUGAGCCAUGAAGCUCAUCGCAGAGACGUGGAGCAGGUCUACCUCCGCUGCUCUCAGGGGUCCCUGGAGUGGCUCUACCCCACCGGGGCCAUCAUCGUCAACCUGCGACCCAACACGGAGUCUUCAUCCAGGCGCACGGCUGACGUCUUCGUCUGCAUCAAGCCUCAAACCUUCUCCCAGGGUUCUCAUGUGUACCUGGAGCACCAAGGAGACCUGAGGCUGCUGCUUUCAGACGCCGACCAGGCGCAGGGCGCGGUGCGCUGUUUCAGCCUGAAGGAGGGGGCUCUGUUUGUGGAGGCCGUCCCACAGAGAGACAUCAGCAGGAAGAUCACAGCUUUCCAGUAUGAGCUGGUGCCCAGUCAGGGACCAGGGGCCCAUAUGUACCCAUACCUGCAUCAGGGGCCAGUCACCUGUAAGCCCUGCUCGGAUCAAGAGGUCCUCAUGGCUGUCUGCACGAGUGAUUUCGCUGGCUGUGGCACUUUUGGAGAUGCAGCGUCGGGCUCAAACCAGCACCCCGUUGUCACGGUGACUCUGCGUCGGCUGUUCCAGCAGAAGAGCGGCCUGUUUGCGUGGGGCGGAGCCAGAGGACAGGGCUGGAGAGGACGGGUCAGCGUUCCCGCUCCGUGCGUUGUGCGUCCAGCAGAGGACGAGUACCUCCUGACCGGCUCUGUCCACUUUGGUGAGGCGUGGCUCGGCUGUGCGCCUCGCUAUAGAGACUUCUUAAAGCUGUACGCUGAAGCAGUGAAUGCAGGAACAAACCCCUGCCACAUAGACACGAACUGAGAGAUUUCUGGUGGAAGACGAUUCGCCUUAAAAUGAAGGAGUUAUGGGUAAAAAUACUGGAGCAUAGAUCAGAAAAGGACAAGCAGCAGUUUAGCCAAACAUGAUCUGGGUUUUGUUGACUGUGCUGCCUCCAUUUGACAACUCUUGUGAACUACGAGUGUAUUAAUGUACAGAAUGACUGAUUUCUGUAAAGUGAUAUUUGUGCCCUACUAGUUGUUGCGAUGAUGGCCUUAUUGCUAUUUCUAGAAAUGAAAGUUUGCUUUGUAAAAAGCUUCCUGUAAAUUUUAGCCUUCUGAGAGAAGUCUAUGGUAUGCAGCUCUGUGAGUCUAUGUGUACUGAAUUUGUGUGUGGUUUGCAAAUGGGUCUAAGUGGCUUAUACAUAUUUACAGAAAAAUAAACCUGGUGUCUUUUUUAUGAACAAAAAGGUAA